AAGACUAAACUAGAGGAAACAACACAACUGAGACACAGCAUGAAUCUGAAUCUCUUUCUAGCAAUUGCUUUGGGGAUCGCAGGAGCAGCACCUCUAGGGGAUGACAGGGUGUGCCAGCCACACUCCAGACCCUGGCAGGUCUAUCUUCAUGGUGGAGGACGGUUGUGCAGCGGAGCUCUCAUCGACAAAUGGUGGCUAGUAACCUCCUUUGAAUGUGCACCCACACCCUACAGCACCAUUGCAUCUCUUGGGGACCAUGACAUUACUGUGGAGGAGGGCACAGAGCAGCACAUCCGAGUUGCUGAAGUGAUCCGUCACAGUCCCUACCGAUCACCCUUCCACAGUCUCACAAUGGUCCGUCUGAUUGAACCUGCCCGCUUCACCCAGUACGUCCAGCCCAUCCCUCUGCCCAGUCGCUGCGCACAGCCGGGAGACACCUGCUAUGUCAGCGGCUGGGGAUCCACCAUCCCAAAUCAAUAUGAGCUUUCCCCCCUCCUGAAGUGUAUAACUGUGCCUGUUGUGGAUGACCGGACUUGCAUGAACACGUUCCCUGAAUUCCUGUACUGGAGCAUGGGCAUGAUCUGCGCUGGUCAAGCAAACACAGAUAACUGCUUGAACGAUCACGGCAGUGUGAUGGUGUGCGAUGGCCAGCUGCAGGGUGUGCAGUGGUUCCUACAUGGCUGCAGUGACCCAGCUGAUCCCAGCGUCUACACCAAGCUGUGCUUGUACAAUGACUGGAUCAAAAGUGUUAUGGGCAAUUAUGGACCCACCCCUCCAAUGAUAACAGCAUCACACAGCAAAGAGGAUCUCAAAGAGCAUCGGACUGCUUAACUGAGAAGUGAAACUGUGCUCAGAUCCAAAGUUUAGCAGUUGCCCUUUCAGCCAAAUAAGCAAGACAUAGCACUGCUGCAGUUCAGGAGAGCAAUUCUGUAUAGGUAAGAUCAACUGACUUGUGAAUGCAACCCAUUUAUCUGUAUGCAAGUUCAAAAAUGAAGAUAAAAACAACAAAAAAUAAAGAUGACGUGUUCUCA